CUGUCAAUAGCGUUCAUCUGUCUAUAACGAUCAAUUUUUUAUGUGCCCUUGAGCGGCAGUUAUGUACAGGUUUGGCCGUAAUUAGCCUAACUACUCGCCAUUUACGGAUACAACGAACACUACGUUAGCCCAUGUGGUAUCAUGCCUGACUAUGAAGCGGAUGACCCUGGUUCAAAUCCAGACUGGGCGUUCUUGACCUCGGGUGGUCGUUUUGUUGAGUCUUUAAAGCCCUCAACCCAUUUUGCUUGGCUGUAUCGGAGACAGACACAAAAAAAAUUGGGGUUCGGGCCUCUUAAACAACCCAAUAGUGUUGAUAAGGGUAUAAAACACAUGCACUCACUCUUUACAUAGAAGGCAACGCGCCUGAGAGAUGGGAAAACACUCAAAAACAAAAAUAAUUCAUUUACUUUACUUUAUACAUGCGCAUUUUCAUUUCCUCAGGUGAGGUGAGCUCUUGGACCUCCAUAAACACCCGCAUCCCUGUGACCAGCAUCCUCCCCUACUUCAAAACGGGUCAGAUACACCCGUGGACACUGUGACGUCAUCAUGGAGAGCGACCAUGGCCUGAGCACGGCUGACAUUGGAGUGGUCAUCGGCUACUUUGUCUUGGUCAUCCUCGUCGGCAUCUUUGCCAUGUGGCGCGCCAACAGAAGCACGGUCAGUGGCUACUUCUUGGCAGGGAGAUCUAUGUGGUUUCUGCCUAUCGGCGCUUCUCUGUUCGUGAGUAACAUCGGCACAGAACACUUCAUCGGCCUAGCGGGGUCUGGCGCUGCCCAGGGCAUCAGUGUCGGGGCUUGGGAGUUCAACGCGCUGAUGCUGCUGCAGCUGCUGGGGUGGAUUUUUCUGCCUGUCUACAUCGCGUGUGGGGUGUGCACAAUGCCAGAGUAUCUGAGUAAAAGGUUUGGCGGUAAUAGACUGCGGGCUUACUUCGCCUUCCUCUCCCUGGUCCUCUAUAUCUUCACCAAAUGUUCGGGAGACUUGUACACCGGCGCCCUGUUCAUCCAGCAGUCUCUCCACUGGGACCUGUACGUGUCCAUCGUCAUACUCAUCGUUAUCACUGCACUGCUCACCCUCACAGGUGGGCUGACAGCUGUCAUUUAUACCGACACUCUACAGGCUGUGCUGAUGGUGGGAGGUGCAUUGUACCUUAUGGCCAGAGGUUUUGCCGAAGUGGGCGGGUUCUCAGGCCUCCUGGAGCGCUACCCCCAGGCCGUGCCCACCAACGUCACCGCCAUUGUCCCCAACACAACGUGCCACCACCCCGACAAGAUGGCUUUCCGUAUGUUGAGAGACGUAGACGACGACUACAUGCCCUGGCUGGGCUUCCUCCUGGGCCAGACGCCGGGGUCUAUCUGGUACUGGUGCACGGACCAGGUCAUAGUUCAAAGAGCACUGGCCGCCCGGUCGAUCUCGCACGCGCAGGGAGCGACACUGAUGGCGGGCUUCAUCAAAGUGUUGCCGCUCUUUGUGAUGGUCAUGCCAGGGAUGGUGAGCAGGGUGCUUUACCCGAAAUCAUUCACUCUGGGGCUCAUGAGUGUCCCCAUCGAUCUACACUUGCGGCUCAUCCCCGGUGCUUUUUGGUCAUUGAUGCUGGCGCUGCUCACAGGCGUUGUGCGGCUGUUCUCCGUGCUGAUCCUGAAAGGCGAGGAGUACUGCGGCUCUAAGGACGAGUACCCAGAGCCGCCCAUCCUCAGCGACUUCCAUUACAUGUACUUCGCCAUGUUCAUCACUCUCAUGACUGCUGCAGCUGCUAUACUCAUCUCUCUUGCCACUGGGAAACCCGAUAAAAAAUUGUUGUUCCGAACUACGUACUGGACCCGGCAUCAGACGGGACAUGUCCAGACAGAGGAAAUGGACGACAUCGAGAUGUCUUACGACGUCACUUCCGACAACAAUGUGAAGGACGGGACGGUGGACAGCACAAAUGGAGUAUGGACAACGGGAGACGGACAUAACGGCACAGCGGAGACAGGCAACACGGAGCUGGGCGCGGACCAGAGAGCUGGCAAACUGGUCUUACGUGAGCCUCCUGCUGGUGAUGCGGAGGAGCCCGGUAUAGUCACCA